UCAUGCAAAGACUCGCAUCAAAAGCAAAUACGUUGGAACAGAGUUGUUUGUGUCUCAGUUCGUGAGCAAUUCAUUACCUUUGUAAUUAAUUGAAGGGAAAUUUGUGUUGGCAUAGCGACAUUUAAAAUCUGUUGUCUAAAAAAAGUAAUCGGCGAAAAAUGUCGUGGAAAGCGACAGUUUUUGACAUUUUCAUUUUUAUGGAUCGCAAAAUAUGCCGCAUUCUGUUGGACGACAAAACUCAAACAAAAGUCAUGCAAAGACUCGCAUCAAAAGCAAAUACGUUGGAACAGAGUUGUUUGUGUCUCAGUUCGUGAGCAAUUCAUUACCUUUGUAAUUAAUUAAAGGGAAAUUUGUGUUGGCAUAGCGACAUUUAAAAUCUGUUGUCUAAAAAAAAUUAUGAUGGACAUACAACUAAUCCAUACUAUUGAUACUGAGUAUUCUGCAGACUCGGUGGAAUGGUGUCCACAUCCUGAUUUUAAAAAUCUCUUUGUAUGUGGUACAUAUCAGCUGAAAGAAAGUUCUGAGGAAAACCACGAUGCUACGAUGGCGGCAUGUCAUCGCAAAGGCCGCAUAUAUCUUUAUAAGUUUGAUGAAAGUGAUAGAUCACUUUUAGAGCUAAAUCGUGUAGAAACUGCAGCAAUUUUGGACAUGAGAUGGUUGAAAACAACAAGCAAUGUUUUUCCAAUUUUAGCCACAGCAACAGCAUUGGGAAAUGUUGAAGUAUACAUUGUUGAGGAGCUGAAAUUAAAAUGUGUUCAGGUCUUUCGCCUGAAUCCGAGUGAAAACAACUUGCUAACAUUAUCACUAGAUUGGGGACUUUCUGCUGAUGAAGCCAACAUAUCUGAAGGUAAACAAAACCAACUUCUCACUUCGGAUUCCAAAGGAAAUAUAAGUCUUGCGGCAUGGUCCAGCGAGAGAAAUCUUGAAAUGAUUCGCAGUUGGCAUGCUCAUGAGUUCGAAGCUUGGAUUUGUGCAUUUGAUAAAUGGGACAAAAAUCUUGUCUACACCGGGGGUGAUGACACCUUUUUGCAUGUGUACGAUUUGCGCUCCGAGACUCGUUCCAUGGUCAACAAGUCCCACAAUGCAGGUGUGACAUGUCUACUGAGUCAUCCAAAGCGUGAAAAGAUCCUCUUGACGGGCAGUUAUGAUGAAAAAUUGCGUACAUUCGAUACUAGAACAAUGAAGACGCCAUUGAGUGAGCUUGACUUGCAGGGUGGAAUAUGGCGUAUAAAAUCCGACCCUGUAAAACAUGAUUUGAUGUUAUGCGCUUGCAUGUAUCAUAACUUCAGCAUUGUUGACCUAUGUAAUGUUUAUUCACCAUCAUUGGUUGGCAAGUUCGAGGAACAUGAAAGCAUAUGCUAUGGCGCCGACUGGUCUACGAAUGUGGAUGACAACUUUUAUAUGGCAACAUGUUCAUUUUAUGAUCAUAAACUAUGCAUCUCAAGUGUUAAUCCUUCUUUAAAAUAAAAUCAAAUUAAAACAAAACUAGUUUUAUUUUUCCUGUGAAUUUACUCAUUGCAAAAUAAAGAUUUUGUCGCGUGCGGAAUGUAGCAUGGUGUAAAUUACUUAAUUAAA